CAAAAAAAACACCAGUACGAAAAUUUUUAUCAUCCUCCUUCAACGAAACGGAGAGGGCAAUGAACGAUAUGACUACCGGAGAUUCUAUUGUAAUGCAUUUAGGAAAUACUGAGACUGUUUUUAAGAAAGGAACUUGGUCUUUUGAAACGGGAGUAGUUGGCUCUAUACAAAAGGAAAAUUAUAAAUUACGGAAACAAAUUCAACAAUUAGAAGAGGAAAAGAAUUUAUUACAUUUAAAAUAUGAAAUUUUACUAAAUUUGUGUACUCAAGCAACGGUAGAAAGCCAUUUAAAAGAUUGUGAAAUUGAAUCUUUAAAGAAGAUUAGCUAAUAAAUAUAUUUGA